AUGAGGAUGAAUAUAUUAACCUUUUUUUUAAUUUUAGCACUUUUUACAAGAGGAAAUUCAUGUCUUUAUAAUAAAAUAAGGUACAAAAAAAAAAUAAAAUUGUUUUUGAAUAAUAAAAAUAUCUUAUUUAAAAAUGAGUGCAAAGUUUAUCAUCUUAAAAAAGGUAAAAUUGUAAUGAAGAUAAACUCUUCAAGGGGACCCAUUUCUAAUUUAUGGCAUGGUAUAAAAUUGGCAGAUAUAAAACUACGAAAUGUAGGGAAUUUCUUACAUAUAUUAACAACUAGCCGAAUAAGAAAUAUAAUUCAUAAUAAUUUUUUAUAUUGGAGUUAUUUAUUUAAUAAAUGUAAAUUAGACAGGAUAAUUAUAACCGUUAAUGUAUUCCUAUAUUUAUAUUUAAACCGAAUAGAUAAAAAUGAAGAAAAAAAAAUAUAUUUUUAUAAAGGAAGUUUGGUAGAAGCAAAAGAUGAACAAAAAUCGGAAAAGUAUAAAUGUAAUUAUCAUGAUAUUUAUAAAAAUAAAAAUUAUAAAACAUUUUUUACGUCCAUUUUUAUUCAUAAAAAUAUUCUACAUUUAUAUUUUAAUAUGAGUUCACUAAUAUCCAUAUAUAAAUUAAUUUCAAAUAUUUACUCAAAUAGUCAAAUAGGAACUAUUUUUUUAUUGUCUGGUUUUCUAUCCAAUUUUUUAUCCUAUAUAUACCACUUAAAACAAAGAAAGAAAAACAUAUUUUUUAACGAUUUUAUUAAUCAAAAUUAUUCAAGUGAAAAUAUAUCAUUGCAUAAAGAUAAUAAGAUAAUUUGUGGAAGCAGCUCAUCCAUUUAUUCCUUAUACGGAAUGUAUUUGACACAUAUUAUAUCUUUUUAUUUUAAAAAUAACUAUAUUGUUAAUAGUUCAUUUCUUUAUAAUUUUAUUUACUCAUUUUUAGCGUCCUUGUUUUUAGAAAAUGUAAGUCAUGUUAAUCAUGUUAUGGGCUUUUUAUGUGGCUUCUUCUUCUCCUUUCUUAUACUAUUAUUUUAUAAUUAA